GCUACUCUGGAGUGUGAAUAGUGUAAUGUUAAGUGGAAAAUCAAAUGUACAGAGUUAGUUGGAAACAUUAAAUGCAAUUGCAAUUGUAAGGGAAUGAAAGUAAUUUUUUGUAUUUAUUUUCGAAACGAUUAGAUGUUUGUUGUGUUGUUUUAAUGGAAACGACGAAAAUAUUUUGAUUGACACCGAAUUUCCGAUAAAGUGAAAAUAAUCAUAAAUUCAGCAUUUUUAAUGUGUUUGUAAUUAGUGUUACAAUAAAUAUUUUUGUUUAAAUAUAUGUAAUCAAAGGGCACACAUUUAACAUAAUACACAUAAUCCCACUGUAUCCAUCAGUGAAACGAAUUCAAUUAUUUAAUGUCAAAAGGAAAAGAAUAUUAAUAAGUCAAUAUAAUCAUUAUACGUAUGUUGUGUACACAUAUUAAGGUAUUAGUGGUUUGAAAAUUGAACAAGCGAAUCGUCUCUUCAUCUAUUAUAAAUAUAAAAUAAAAUUUAGUGAGUGUGACGCGUGUGACACAAAAAUUAGAGAUGUCAAUGUGUCAGAAUUGUUUACCCAGUAUGUCUGAAAUUUUCAAAUUUUAACUGUUUUCAAAUUUUCUUUUGUGAAAUUUUACGUACAUAAAUACCACAAAUACCAAAAAAAAUCUUACAUUUAACACAGAGUUGGCACACCAAGCACGAACUGUUCAUGGAAAUUAGACAUUCCAAACAUCAUCAGUAAAACACGUCAAUCCAAUAUGCCGCAGAGGAGAUAAACAGACAACGGCUGGAUAAAUCUAUUUCGAUUAAAUUGUUGUUAUCGAAAGAGGUGCUAAGCCGUCGGAAAACGCUGGAAAUUGCCAACACUAAACAUGAAUAUAAAUUAAUUAUUUUCGUAUAUUGAAUGUGAUGUGCAAACACGUGAACUGAAUUUAAACACACACACAAGUUUCGAAUGAUUUUUUUUUCUAGUUAAAAUUAGAUGAUCCGACACACAGUGAAAGAUUUUAAUUGAAUUUUGUUCCUCCUUUUUUUCAAAUUGAAAUGUUGCCAAUGCAAUAACUGAUACUAAUGUUUAUGGUGGUGCGAAAUGUGAAAAAUUUAACCAGUUCAAUAGAAAUUGAGUUUAAAACAAAUGAAAGGGUUAAAAUUGCUAAGCAUAUUUGUGGUGAGCAUAAAUUAAAAUGCUCGCUAUUGCUGCACUGCUAGCGGUUCAUGCUGGUCUUGCUGGUUCAAUAUCCACUGCUCCAGAGAAUAUAACGGUCACAUUCCUAAAUCCAACAUCGGUGAAGGUGUCUUGGCAGACAUCCGUUGAUCUACUGACACCGGUCGAAAAGUACGAUGUCACGUAUAAGCCGACAGACGCGAGUUACAGGGUCGUUGCUGUGGUGGCUGGAAACAGUGAAGCUGUAACUCUUAUCGGAUUGACGCCAGACACACAAUAUCAGUUAACAGUAACGGCCGUUUUUAGUGGAAAGAAAUUUCGCAGCCGUCCAAUAGUUUUCAGAACGCUGGAGCCACCGAGAAGUUCACCGCAACAAGACUCGGGUGCAUUACCUAAAGGUUAUGGUGCGCCCGGUCCACCGCAAACAGAUGGGAUGAUUCCCGUUACAUUUACCGACGAAUACGUCAAUAUAUCAGAAAAUGCGACAACACGUGAACUUCCAACAAUUCGUGGCGUAGAAGUAGGCAUCGUAGUGUUAGUUUUAAUCGUUUGGGCGGGUGCUAUUGCAUUGUUUUUCAAUCGAUGGGGAAAAAUUCGAAUGCUUCUUCCAUAUCAGCCAGAUUAUAAGCAAGAGCAACUGAAGGUACCUGGAACUGGAGUUUGUUCAUCUGGUGGUUGUAAUGGACAGCAUUCGCAUCAGCAUUUUCAUCAUGCUGCUGGUUGGCAAGAAGAACCAUCAACUGCCAUUUCUGAACGAUGCUCCAGAAAUCGCAUUAAUUCUGCCAUUUUUGUUUCUUCCGGUUUCGAUAGAGGUAGAGGUUUCGAUUCGAUUGAGUUCUUACGACGGCAUGGAUCACAAAGUGUACUAUGUCGGAAGGCAAGAAGCGCUGAAAACAUAACUGACGAAGACAGAAGGCGACGAUUCUCCGAAAAUCGUGAAUGGGAAACGGACGACAGUGGUACGCUAAGGGAAACAAUCGAAUUAGUGGAAUGUCACAACGGUGAACCAUCAUCAAUGACUGAUUUAGAAAAUAAUAAUCCAACGGUAACGAAUAAGAUACCGAAACUAAUUAAUUUGCCAACAUUAUCCAUAUCGGGCCCGUCUCCGCCGCACGAUGACGACUUUUUGUAACAUCAGGAGUGGACUGAGUUAUUGGUAUAAGUGAAAUUAUGUUUUUAGAUUUUUGUUUUAACAAACAUACGGAACAAUGAUUGGGUUCAGCGUAUAUAUCGGAGGACUCGUAAUGGGGUGAUGUGACGACUGGACGGUGAAUUAAUUCUAUUUAAAUAUGAUGAUACAGACAAGGCAGCAAUUGGUCUUGAAGUGAGAAAAGUUUAACUUCGUAAAAGCACAAAUUAACAUAAAAACAUUGAGUCAAUGAAUCGGGUGUUGUCGUAUACUCAUGGCGAGUCCGACGAUAAUAAACUAAUUCGCAAAGUCUUUGGAAAUGAGGGAGAUUGAGCCCCUUAAGAGCUUUAAGUAAAUUAAAAAUGAAUUUAAGAUAAACAAACAAACAACGCAAAGAUGUAAAUUGACAAAAACAAAAGAAAAUUUAAUUGAAUUACGACGAACACUGUGCUGUUGAUUAAAACAAAGAGCUGAAUAUUUCACUUUAUAUUGAUUUCGCAGUCGAUUCCCCCUUUUUUAUUGCUUUUUAUGUUGCAGAAAACUCCUAUCAAGACACACACGACUAGACCAGUGAAAAACUUUCUUUAAUAAAUGGAAAGCCAUCGGCGAAAACUCUGUCUCAAUGUAUCACUUCGCACAGAGUUCUGUUCACAUUUUCAUCGUUAAAAGUUUCCACUUUAUAACGAGCUUAAAUGUCGCUGAAUAGUGGCAAGAGUAAUUCUGCCAAUACCGCUUUAUCGAGUGAUAAAUUUUAUAGGCUAUAACAACGCCGUGCUGUGAUUUAAAUUCAAUCAAAUCGAGAAAUUUUGCUCUCAUAAAACUUUGGGUCUGUGCCGGAAAGUUGAGUUAGCUACACUGUAUGAGUUUACAGUUUAGUUGUGUCAAUUCAUUAAGUUACCAAAACUUUUCAUUGUCUUGAUAUAAUGGAAGGUAUGGAUGGUACGCUUUAUAAAAUUUAACAUAUUGUCACUAUUCCCUACGACUAUCCAUUCUAUUUGUACCUUUUUUGCUUGUACCAACACGGAGUUUCCAAUUAAAAGAUUUCCGCAGCCGUAACCCUUUAAAAAUUAGACGUUUCUUCCUAAUGACUUUCACACAUAAAAUGUGCGGGACCAUUCAGUGCAUAGAAACUGAUACAGAUCAGACUAGAUUGAUCUUUACUACAGAUCAGUGUAACCCCUUGAGUUACUGAUUCAGGUGCUAAGAUUGGGCAAUCAAUUUAGGAGCAUUUGGGGAGUUUUAGCGAACUUUGGGAAGUUUUGAUCCUAAAAAAUAAAAUUUAUCAGUAACCGCAAUGGGUCAAAAAAUAUUUAUUAUUUCAACUGCCCGUCAGAAAAUUUGGAUCUGGAUUCGCCCCUGAACGACGUAGCUUGGAAAGUUUUCGAAUAAAGUCCGUUACCACCCAUUGAAAAUUGUCUAAACUUUUUUAAAGCACCAUUCUAACUAGAAAGUUUUGAGGAGAUGUUUUUAAUGGUCAGUGGUGGUAGCAAAAGAUCGGUAACGAAAAAAUGGAGUUUUCUGCAAAUUGAGUUUUUUUUUAAAAUCCGGAUUUCAGUUUUUGUAGUCGCUUUUUUAAUAUUUCAAUACAAUGAUAAGUGGACCAUUUACACAGCCAGCCAUACAAUAAUGGGACGGAGACUUUUAAUUAUAAUUUAUAAACUUAAGUCAUCAUUAACACAAAAUAAUUUCUAGUCCUUUUUAUAGGAAGUUGUCCCGUUCUUUUUUUAACUGUAAAAUAAAAGUUUUAAGUAUUUAUACGACUGGUGCAUGAUAUAAGUAUAUAGCCAGUUAAGAAACCAGAAAAACUUUCUCGUUGAAAGUGCGAAGAAUGGAAGAAUUCACUGAAAAUAUUAAAUUCAAAGUGAUAAAGGGAAAAAAAUGAAAACGAAAAUGAAACCAAAAGAAACAAUUUUCUAAUUUACCACUCGAAAGUGUUUUUCGUUUCGUUGUUGUAUUUUCAAUUUAGUAAAACAAAUAUACGAAAGUAAAAAAAACACAAAAAAAUGAAAGAAUUGUAAUGGGAAAUGUUUUGCUGAAUGGAACGGUAAAUCCCAAGAUAAACAACCGAUUUUCCAAGGGGUUCCUGAGUGGAUGUCGCUGGAUGUAAUUAAAAGUUAUGUUGAAAAGAAAAAGUUACGCAAACAAAAGGUAAACACAACAACGAAGAAAGGAUUGAAACAAUUGGAAACAGAGUUUCAUCUAUGUCACAUAAAAUACGUCUGAGAUGCGGUCAAAUUGAUUUUAUUUCCACAAAACCAAAUUAAAAUAAACUUUCAAGUUCAAGAUUAAAAAAGUUUCAAAUGUCGCGCCGAGCAAUUCAAUAAAAUUUAUUUCGAAUGAUCCAUUUGCAUAUCUUCAUAUCUCCCAUCAUAUCCCAUCAUCUCCCGAUUUUAUGAGAAUGAAUGGAUGACUAAUUGCGUUAACGUGCAAAUAGCCAAUAAAAGCCGAACGUGUAUACGUAUCUCACGUACCCAAUGAUGGGGACGAUGAUAAAAAAGA